GCCAACUCAAUUCUGAUGUUAAAUACACCUCUAGAAGAAUUCAACCUGAGGAAAUACAGACCAUCAGAAAAAGGUAUUUUUAGGCUUAUCCCAGCUGUGAGGAACAGCAGAAAAGUAAGACUUUCAGGGGUGACUUUUGAUACUUGGAUUUCUGAAACCAUUUCUUCAGCUCUUCGAAUGCCAAACUCUGUGCUGACUGAACUGCAUCUGAUGAAUAGUACCUUUACUGGAGAUGCAGAGAUAUUUACUGAUGGACUGAUAAACUCUCAGUGUAAAUUAGAAGCUUUCAGUCUCUCAGGUAAUCCACAAGGACAAUGUGAAAAUUUGGCACCAGCUGUCAAAUCAGUCCUGUCAGAUCUAAGAGAACUGGAGCUGAGUGGUGGCCUACUGGGGUACCUCAUACGCUCUGUGCUUUCUGUUGGGCUAAGCAACCCUAAACUGGAGAAGCUGAGGCUGAACCGAAAUCCACAGACUGCAGAGAUCUGCAAAGAACUGGUGACAGCAUUCACAUCCACCACAUGUUACCUGCGAGAGCUGGAUCUGAGUUACACCAAUUUUACUGACUCAGAAAUGGGGAUCCUCUCUACUGGACUGAUGAACACAAACUGUACAUUGGAGGUAUUGAGUCUCAGUCACAACAAACUCACUGAGAAAGGCUGUAAGACGUUGGCCUCAGCACUGAGCUCCAAACCGUCACAGCUGAGGGAGCUUGAUCUGAGCUACAAUGACGUGCAGGACUCAGGCACGAUGAUAUUCUGUGAUGUGCUGAUGAACCCACACUGUGGUUUGAAAACACUAAGGCUGUCAUUCUGCAAAGUGACAGGUGAUGGAUGUGCCUCCCUGGCCUCAGUUCUGAGGUCUGAUCAGUGCAGCCUCAAGGAGCUGGACCUGAGCUUUAAUCACCUCACAAAUGAAGGAGUCAAGCUGCUGACUGAAAUACAGAAGGAUUCACAGUGCAGUCUGGAGACACUCAAUGUGGACCAUAAUGAAGAAUGCUGGUUUGACUUGAAACUACUGAGACAGUAUGCCUGUGAUCUGACGCUGGACCCCAACACAGCAGGCUUGAAUAUAAUUUUGGCAGAGGAGAACACAAAGGCAAUAUAUGUUUCAGAGAAGCAAGCAUAUCCUGAUCAUCCAGACAGAUUUGAUACCUUUCAAGUCCUGUGUGAAGAGGGUCUGACAGGUCGCCAUUACUGGGAAACUGAGUGUGUUUCAGCUGAUGUUGGAGUGGCCUACAAAAGUAUAGACAGGAAGGGAGAUUGUUCAGUUGAUUUUUCUUUGGGAUCCAAUGAAAAGUCUUGGUGCUGGUCAAAGUAUGGAAGCUUUAAUCAUAAUAAUUCCUUUAUAGAGUUUAUCAAAUGUGCUACCUACAGAUGUACCAUGGGAGUGUAUCUGGAUUGGCCAGCAGGCAUUUUGUCUUUUUUUAGGGUCUUUCCUGAUGCACUGGCCCACCUGUACACUGUACGUACAACUUUCACUGAACCACUCCAUCCUGGUUUCAGACUGCCGGACGGAUCGAUUCACAUCUGUAAAAUAAAGUAAACAAAAAAAUCUUAGUGGAAACAUCAUAUGUACAGUCAUAAAGAGCUGAUCCCCUCUAGCUACAUUCAAAAACAUUGAUACAAUACAUGUCAUACAAUAUUUUAUAUUGAAAUGAAUCUUCACUGAUGUCAAAGAUAAGAUGAUAUAAGAUGCAGUUUCACUAAUUCUUAUGAGGGAAAUUAGUUGCCUCAGGACUGCCUACAGAACUCAGCGGGGUAAGAAAGACCUGUCAACAUGUGAAAGAGUUUAAAAUUAAUUUUGUGCAUACAUUUAAUGUUUAAAGGAAAAGCAUUUAAAAUGACAAAUAGUGAGAGGGCAAGAACCAAACACUUGCCCAUAGCACAGAUCCAGGUUUAUUUUCCAGCAGUUGGGAAGCCAGUUAGGGUUCCUGUCCUUGUUACUGCACUAGUGACUCUCUCUGGCAGGUUGGGGUACCUGCAUGGAAAAGGGUGGGAUCUUGGGUGGAUAUUGUUACUUCCACCUGGGCCAGAUCCUUGCUUGUAAUUGAAAAUAAGCAGCUGGUGACUGUAUAUCAGUAGGAGCACAUAUCUGACUAUGCUCUCCCCAGAAAUGGUCGUUCUUGGAAGUGAAAAGGGCUAAAAAAAAAAAAAAAAAAGGGACAUUUUUAACAUUUCUUUUCUACAUUUAUACUUCUUUAUUUCAUAUAUUUGUCAGUGGUGACACUUAAUUCCUCCCACACUGUAUGAUCCAACUUCCAUAGAAAUGAGUGACAAACAAAACUGCACCUUGUACAUGCUGGUCUGCAUUUCUUCUUACAAUUAUCUCCUUCUGUGUCAACUGAUAUACCAGCAUUUUUUCAUCUACAAGUUUCCUGUUUGAAUGUGAUUUAUAGUGACAGGUUAGCUAACAAAGAAAGAAACUGUCACGUAAUUCAGUGGAGCAUUCAUGUUGAUCUCCUAAACUGUAAUUGUUUUGAUUGAACCUCUGAUAUCAGGUUGAAAUAGUGGGCAUGUGGCUACAUACACAAGCAAACAUACUCACUGCAUACAGUAUGUGUGUGCUCUUGGAUUGAUUUAUUGAGUUUAAAAUGACUUUCUGAUUAUGCGUGUGUAGCUACAUGUCUAAUUUUAAUGAGGUUCAAUAAAAAAACUGUGUAGCAGCAUUUUUCUGUGUGUGUUUGUGUGUGUGAACAGUUUAUGGCAAAA